CAGUUAGACACUAUCGCACAUCAGCAGUGACAAGUUGCUGCAAAAAAAAAAAAACAAACAACUCACAAAAAUGAAUUAGCAUGCUAAGCAAUCAAAGUGCAGUGUAGUUGUCACUGCCCACAACGAAAACGUAAAAAGACAGCUAACGUUAUCACUGCAAGCAGUCAAAACUUAAAAGGCGAAAAAAUAGCUUUUGGACACGGAAGUGUUUCUUGAAACUUGAUUAAACCACCUUGGGAGCCAGCGAAUUGAGUUUGAGCCAUGGCCGCUGCUGGAGGCUUACCCGAAAAUGCGGCAGAAAUAGCCGUGGCAAAUGCCAUCAAUAACAUUAACGAGCGACAGAUUUUGAGGCCCCCAAAUGGUGGUAACCAGAACAACAUGAUGAAUAUGAGGGAUCGUCUGUUUCAUGCCAUAUACUUUCGUGUAGCGGCCACCUAUGCGGAACUGGUGCCACGCAAGGUGCAAUUGGCCAUAGAGUAUUUGUUGCUGCUUAAGGCUUUGAUCUUCUUUUUUACGCUGGUCUACGUACACUCGGCGUUUAUAAAGAAUCCCUGCACUUGCCUACAGGAUGUGCAAGGCUGGCCACGCGAAGGCGUCAUACGCGUCGAAAUUAUACCUCAUCUAGCUGAAAAGCGAAUAAUAUGGCAACGCAUUAAAACGGAUAAGCAACUGGUGCAAUCACUUAAGCAUACUUAUUACUACGGCGUGGGACCGCAAACGCUUGAUAAUCACAAUAAUCUCAAGCGCUACGAGGCAAUGUUACGUCGACUAAGUCUGCCUGUACGUCCCAACUUUGCUUAUGGCAAUGAAUCGCUUUAUUAUUACUUUGAUGCUAUCAAUAUACUAGAUAACUACGAUCAUCCCACCUCUAUACCAUUGAAAAGUGAUGAUGAAGAUGAUGAGCAAUAUAUUGUGGAAUAUUCUUUGGAGUACGGACAUUUGCGGCUAUCGACGGCAACAAGAAAACGUUUGCAUAUACCCGUGCUAACAGUGCAAUUGGAUCCAAAUACAAAUCCAUGCUUUGGCGAUAAAUUAACACGCUAUUUGCUUAAACAUUUGAUAGGGUACGAUGACUUGUUAAUGGCCUCGGUGCGCAUUAUAGCUGAGAAGGAAGAAAACAAGGGCUAUCUGCGCAAUGUAAUCACCGGCGAGCAUUAUCGCUUUGUCUCCAUAUGGUGGGCUGCCUGGAGCAGCUACCCCGCUGCCUUUUGUGUGAUGGUGCUGUUUACAUUUUCGGUAUCCAUGCUAUUGCGUUACUCGCAUCAUCAUAUAUUUGUCUUCAUAGUGGAUGUGCUGCAAAUGUUGGAGUAUAAUGUCUCUGCGCGUUUUCCUAUUGCACCGCUCUUGACCGUCAUACUGGCAUUAGUGGGCAUGGAAGCGAUUAUGUCCGAGUUCUUUAAUGAUACUACAACAGCUUUCUACAUCAUACUGAUUGUCUGGAUUGCUGAUCAAUUUGAUGCCAUUUGCUGUCAUACCAGCAUUACCAAGCGCCAUUGGCUCAGAUUCUUCUAUUUGUACCACUUUGCGUUCUACGCGUAUCAUUACCGCUUCAGUGGACAAUACAGAACUCUGGCGCUGCUCUCGUCGUUCCUCUUCAUUCAGCACUCCAUGGUGUACUUCUUCCAUCGCUACGAGCUGCCAGCCAUUAUGGCCCAGCGUCAGGCCUUCAUCAUUAUGCGUAAUCAGCCAAAUGUGAAUGCAGCAGCUGCUGCUGACGGUGCUGGAAACGGUGGAGCAGCUCCUGCCGCUGAUGCUGCUGCUGCUGCUGUUGGUGGAGGUGGUCAGCAGAUGCAACGUGCUCGGCAUAUUGUGGUGCGGAUCUUUCGCCAGUUGGCUGCACAGCGUCAAACGGCUGCAGCCAAUAAUGCUGCACUUAGAGCAGCAGCACAAGCCGCCGCGGCCGUCGCCGCCGCCAACAAUGCCACACCUGCCGCCGCUGGGCCCGUUAUUAACAACAACAAUAACAACUUUGCUUUGGUCAAUUGGAGACGCUUGCCUAUAGUUGGGCAAUUGCUGCAGCGAGGCGAGCAAUUCGAGACUGUGCGACGUGUGUUUCUUGGCCAGGGUCAUGGCCAUGGGCAAUUGAUGCAAGUGCGCUUGCAACGCAUUAAUGUCGCCGAUAUGCAGCGCCUGCGAACACGCGUUGCUGUUGCCACAGCAGCGGCCGCAGCAGCAGCGCGUGCUACACCAAAUACAGCUGCAACUCCAUCAGAUGUCGAAACAAAUCAUGGACAAGGACGCCAAGUGCCAGCUACAAUGGCAAAUAGCAUGAAUGAUGCAGAGGCAAGAGCGCAGGAUAUGGCAAUGGCAGCGGAAACAGCUCAGGGCAACCAACAGCAGCAGCAGCAGCAGCAGGAGGGGAAGCUGGAGUUAAACUUGGAGCAGCCAGUUGCGUCUAAGACGUUGGAAAAUCUAAAUUCCGCUGCAGCGGAUAUUAUAAAUAUGCCGGAUACAACAAAUAUAGGAAAAGCAGCAGCAGCAGCAGAGAACACAACAAAAACAACAACAACUUGUUUGGUUGAACCCCCGCAGCUGUCAAUGGCAAAGCAAUUAGCAAAUAAUUUGCCAGCUCAAACGCUCGAGCCACAGCAACAACAACAACAACAGCAGAAGAUGCCGGCAUCAGGUGCAAAGCAGAGCAAUCCAAUGCAGAGUGACCAGCAGUCAGCACCAGCAACAACAACAACUGCAGCAGCAGCAGCAGCCGCCGCCGCCGCCUCCACAUCAAAACAACUUCUAGCCGAGUCCAAGGCGCCAAGCAGCAGCAGCAGCAGCGACAGCAGCACAACGAUGGAUGGCAGGCAAACAGUUGAUUUUAUAGAAGGCGACAGCUUCACGUCAACGGCAAAUUACGUAGCCGACAAGGCUGGCUCCAGCCACAUGCAACAGUCAGACCAACUUCCACCCCAGCCCGAGCUAAUGAAAACACCAACACAUACAUCAAACCAAGUGACAACAGCAGCCGAAGCCACAACAGCCAGCAACUGAAUAAGAUGACGACAGGGCAAGGGGAUUGGAUGGAAGCCAAUGUUGUGGUAUAUGCUCUGCUGCGUUAUGAGCGUGUCUAUGUCUAUGUCUAUGUGUGUGUGUGUGUGUGUGUGCUGCAGCUUUCCCCCGCCCCCCACCCUCCACAAAAAAAAAACAAGAUGUUAUACAAGCAUAAAACAGCUAGUAAAUUUUAGAUAAUUUGUCUGGUGUACUUAUGUCUAGAUCAUGCACGCUGGCUGACUGUUGUAUAUGUAUGUGUGUGUGUAGUGAGUGUGUGUGUCUGACUGUGUGUGUGUGUGAGUGUGCGUGAACUAGACGCAUACAACUUUUGGGGUUUGCUGGCAAAACUGUGUUACUUAGUGAUGAUGUUUUUUCUAUUAUAAUAAUUAUUAUAAUUAUGUUUGUUUGUUUUGCGCUUUAGUUUAUGUUUAUAG